AUGGAAAAAUAUUGUAAUACCUUUCAGAUAUCGUCGACUGGCAUUAAAGACGAACGAAAUGUUCAAGUGCAAGAAUUUAUAGAUUAUAUGGAAAGUCUGGUUUUAAAUACCACCAAUAAGGCUUUAAUGAAAACACGCAAUAUUUUCCAGAAUUUUUCGCAGCAAAUAGAUGCAAACCUAACCGUAGCGGUCGAAACGUUGAUAUCUGAUUACAUCACAAAAGUGAAUGAAGCCUUAAAGUAUAAUUACAAUUACACUGAAAAGCGAAAAUUGUUACAACUUUUCCGUCACGAAGGCCAAGAAAUGGAGAAGUUACGUUCACUUCACAAUUUAGAAAAGUCCGAAUUUCGAGUUCAAUUAAUUUCGAAAGAAUUUAUUAACGAAUCACGUAACUUAACAGAUUUCGAUAAUUUGUACUUGAAAUUUAUGCAAGAAUUUCAAAACGCUUCGGGCGUUUUAACUGCCGCUUUAAUAAACGCUAAAGAGAAGGAGGAGAAUUAUUUCGAGUUAUUAACGUUGUUGGGCGACAUCAAAAAUGAGCGAAAUCUAAAAGAAAAGGAUAAACUAUACGAUGAGUUCAUUGAAACGUUUCUAUUCAAAAGCGAACAGGAUCGAGUUGAAACUCGGGAUUUGUCAUGA